GCAUAGCUUCACCUAAGUGAUAACCACCAACAACCUUUUCACUAACACAGCUUUUAAAAGAACCAAAUCUUGAUAAGUGUUUUUUUUUAGGGACAGUGAGAGAUAUGGGAAAAGAGAUUGAGCUCCCAGGUUUUAGGUUCCACCCAACCGAGGAAGAACUUCUUGAUUUCUACCUCAAGAACAUGGUUUACGGGAAAAGAUCGAGUGUUGAAGUCAUUGGUUUCCUCAACAUCUAUCGUCAUGAUCCAUGGGACUUACCUGGUUUAUCGAGAAUCGGGGAGAGGGAGUGGUACUUCUUUGUGCCAAGGGAAAGGAAGCAUGGGAAUGGUGGGAGGCCGAGCAGGACAACUGAAAAAGGAUAUUGGAAAGCAACGGGAUCGGAUCGUAAAAUCAUAAGCUUGUCUGAGCCAAAACGUGUGAUAGGGCUCAAGAAGACGCUUGUGUUCUAUAGAGGAAGAGCACCAGGAGGAAGCAAGACUGAUUGGGUGAUGAACGAGUUUCGGAUGCCCGAUAAUUGCUCCUUACCAAAGGAUGUUGUCCUGUGUAAGAUAUAUAGAAAGGCAACUUCAUUGAAAGUAUUGGAGCAAAGAGCAGAGAUGGAAGCUAAGAUGAAUCAAACAUGUCCAAACUCUCCUCUCUCGUCUUCCGAGACAAUCUCAUUCGUUGGAAAAGAAGAAAACAUGAUGACUUCUUUCCGUGUUCCUCAAGUGAUAGCCAUGGAAGAUGCAAACAAGAUCCUAACACUCCAAGAAAACGCGAAAACCGAAGAGAAACAAAGAGAAACAGAGACCAAAGAACCUUCUUCAUCACUGAAGCUACCGUUUGGAAGCUUACCAGAGCUACAAUUACCAAAAGCAGGAGGUGAAUGGGGAGACCAAUUGUUGAGUAUAAGCCCAUGGCUACAGAAUCUUACACCAAUAGUUAACCUAUUAAAUUGGUAGGAUAUGUAAAGAACAAAUACAUUAACCUAUUCUUACUCUUAAGAAAAAACAGAGCUUGUACCAAAUAGUAUUUACUCAACUUAUAUGUAUCUUUUGUAAGUUUGUAACAUAAUAAGAAAUUACAUGUAACACUGUUUAUAGUCAUAUUUGACUACACCAUUGUAAAAAAAAAAACUAAACUUUGAAUCAAGUGGACGAUCAUUUCUCUCAA